CGGCGGCAAAUCAACAUGGAUCGCGAAAUGGACGACGCCUCCAGUGCAGAAGAGCCACUCUUGACAGACGAAGAACGAGGCGCCGAUGGCGGUGAGCAACGAAUCCCAUGGCAGCCACCUCCGACUGAGUACCUGGGCUCCAAAGUCAAGUAUUUCCGUCGCCUCCAGAAGGACUGGGUGUCAUUGUCACCCCCUGCCAAAGCAACCAAGCCGCCCAGUGUGUACCCUCCGCCCCACGUACUCCCACCUGCAGCGUUUGUACGCGGCGCCAGUGAAGAAAACCUGGCGCCAUCGUCGUCGAAUCGAGUCUUCCAGAGCUCAUGGGCGACGGUGUUCUCAAUUUGGAACACCAUGAUUGGAUCCACAUUGGUGGCGCUUCCGUAUGGUUUCUCAUGCAGUGGCGUGCUGCUUGGCAUUGGCAUUGUCAUUCUCGUCGGGGUCAUUUGCUGCUACACAUGCAACUUGGUCGUACGAUAUGGCAAGGACUUUCCAGAUUUCGGAGAUCUCAUGCAAUACCACUUCGGCCAGCGAGCGCAAGUGCUGACCCUGAGUGUGUCGGUGUUUGUUCUGCUCGGUGCAUGCAUCGCGUACCACGUACUGAUGAAGCAGUGCGCGUACACAGUGUUCCACGCCGCCUUUGACUGGCUCCAUAUCCAGGUGCAUUGGUCGCCGGCGGCCGCGGCGUUCAUCGUGUGCUUGCUCUUCCCACUGACGAACGUCAAAGAUUUUUCGACGCUCGUGUUCCUCAAUUCGUUUGGGAUUCCAUUCCUUGUCUUCACCAUCUACUUCAUCACGUUUCAUGGCAUUCGCGCGAUUGCUACGCACGCUCCCAUGGACGCGAUCGAGUUUGGCGCCAAGUCGACGUUCGGCGUCCUCGGCGGCAUCGUCACUUUGUCCUUCUUCAUCCACAAUGCCAUCCAGCCCAUCAUCCGCAACAGCAACCCUGCCCAUUACACGCGCGACGUCACCGUUGCCUACGUCUUGGUCGGGAUCAGCUACACCGCUGUUGGCGUACUCGGAUACGUUGGGUUUCCCAGAGGACAUCCCUUCCAGCAAAACUUUCUCGACGCGUUUCCAGUGGAGGACGUGUUUGCCUUUGCCGCGCGCGUGUCGCUGCUUUUCCAACUUGCGACGGUGUACCCACUCUUCUUCCUCAUCAUUCGAACGCAAUUGUUUGGACUGAUCUACCGAAACACGUGGCCGAGUGCGUGGCGCGUCGUGCUGCUCAACGUGGCAAUCAUGACCGCCACCACGCUCUUUGCAGUCUUCUACCCGCACGUCGGCGACAUCCUGAGGUUUACUGGCGCUGUCGGUGGGCUCAUCCUCAUCUUCAUUGCCCCUGUCGGCCUGCACUGGAAGCAGCAACGGGCCAAGCGGCUGUGGACGUGUGGAUCCAUGCUUCUACACGGAGGGAUUGUCCUCGUUGGCGUUGUGCUGCUCGCGCUGCAAUUUGUCCACUGAGCAAGUUGUCACAUAAUUGAGAUGCGUUGAAAAAAUCGUCGUGCAAUGCUGAUUCACAUACCGGCUGAA